GCUCAAUGCAUGAUCAUGCGUGUUACUUGUUUCCGACUACCAUAAUUAGGCAUGAUGUCGGAAUUCUAGCGGCUUCGGAGUGCGAAUUUCGCGCAUUACAUGAACACCGGUGAUUAAGGUCUACUGAUUGCGUGAAUAGGUGGCCAGUUAGCAAUAGCUGUUCCGGAUCUCGAAUGCGCUAGUGACAUUGCGCGACCCGUCUCAGCAUCAGCGUCGGUUGAUUUCUCCACUUCUCUGCAGCAAAUUCGCACUUCCAACCAUGAAUGAGAACUUUAAAUGCUUUUCGCAAGUGUUGUUCUCGCUGUUGAUAAUCGUGUCUUACACGCUGCAAGUACAUGCUAUCCAUGCCGACUCGGCGCAACAUCGCGACACCUCGCAGCAGCCGGACGAACUGCCGGUCCACGAAUCCGCGCAUGUGGCUUCCAUGUGGAUAAAACACCUGCCAGUGCAGCAGGCGCACAAGCUCCUAGGUGUUGGACACAGGCGACGCCUGCUGCAAGAUGCAUGCUCAACCACGGAUGGCUCGGCUGCAGCAAUCCUCGCCUGCGCCAACGCCGUACGUGUGAACCCCGACAUCCUGUCUGACGCCAGCUGCUUUGACAGGGUGCAGGCAUCUGUGAAGACCCCGCAUCGCAAGCCGCUCUCCGUGAACGCCUCCUUGAAUGCUGCUGCCUCCUCCUACGUGACAGCGUGGUCCAAGGGAGGCGCUGUGUUCGUCACAAGUCUGGAGGCAGCUGGCUACAAGUUCAGUUACGCAUCCAGCAACCUGGAUGUGGGUUAUCAGGAGGUCAAGAGCGCUCGGGACGUCGUGCUUGACUGGUUCUGUGCGGAUCUGCAGCGCAACUACCUAUUCGCGUGUGAGAUCCAAGACGUGGGUACGGCGGUCCUGGACGUUGGCAGCAGCAAGACGCGGUACUAUGCCCAGUUCUAUGGGUGCCCCUCGGGAAAGACAUGCAACAGCUGCGUCGCGGGCACCUCGGGCGGAGGCAGCAGCAACAGCAGCAGCAGCGACGGCGGCAGCAGCAACAACAACAACAACACAACCGGUCAAUGGACCGACAUUCGGCCCAUGCAGGUCGCCGACCAUAGCAUGUGCUUGACCAUCCGUAACGCCGCAAAAACGGCUAAAAACGGUGUUGUCGUGCAGCAAGCCCCCUGCGAUCAAAGCAACGCGCAGAAAUUCACAUUGUUCGCGCCCCCAAGCGGUGGUGGGUGGAACGUUAUGGAUUCCUGGGGCCGUUGCUUGGACGUUUCAGGAGGCAAUACCACGGUUGGCGCAAAGGCGGUGAUGUGGAAAUGCAACGGUACGGCAAGCCAGAAGUUCUGGAUCCAAAAGGUGGAUCCCAAAGUGCCCGAUGUGUACCGGCUGCGACCUCAUCAUGUAUCAAACAAGUGCCUGGGCGUUACCUCGAGCAGCACACUGAGUGGGGCUGCGGUGGAUAUGGAGGCAUGCAAGCCUGCUGCGGUGAGCCAGCGUUUCAUGCUGAGCAACUUUUAGAACGUGCGCAAUGCAAGGAGCGAGCGGAUGGAAGGGAGAGCCCAUGUAAUUCAUUUCCCUUGUUUACGGUGUUUAUGGAUUAACUUAUUGGGAUUAAAACCGCGGAACGUGAGGGCGAGGUGCUGGUGUUGGGCAUGAGAGGGGGGUGUUGUGCAGGCCAGACGGGACGGGAGACUGGUGGAGAAGAGAAAUAACGCAGACCUUGCCAAGUACUUUUGGAUUCUUUGGAUCCAAGUUAAGCAGGGGGUUUUGCAGCCU